UGAAAGGUAUGGUCUCAUCGGGUGUUUUAGUUGGUACCUUUUAGUAGCAUAGAAAGGGUGUUGAACUUGAAAAGGAAAAUCGCUGGCAAUUUUACGUUUGUUCGUUUUUUUUUCACGUGAAUUCAUAACAAUUGUACGACUGUGUGACGUGAGUGAUAAGUGUGAGCAGCCACAAGGAUCCUGCCUGAGGGGAAUUCAUUCUUCGAUUCCAAACAAUAUAACUAUUGCCUGAUCGUUGGUAUGUUAACUAUCAUCGCAGACAUCUAAUUACUUCACAUCAAAUACGAGAUACAACAACAGAUUAAACAGCGCGAUCAUGUUUAGUCGGGUAGCAUUUGCUUGGUGCCUAUACCACAUCGCGGUCCAGAGUGAUGUGUUGAACAAAACCGUCUACAGUCAGCCAGUAGCAGUCAACUCUAGAAAAACCACGUUAGUACAAACAGAGGCAGCAGCAGAUAAACAGUUUGAUUUUAAGAAUAAAACAGAAGUGUCAAGUGAACGCGCUGUGAAUGCAAAUGAAAGUGAUGGCUCUGCAACUGCAGGUUCUUCAGGUUCUGCAAGGCUCGAUGUUAACGAAACAAGAAUUGGCAAGAGUCACAAGCGGCAAUUUUCUGUUGUAGAGUUGCUGACAACGACAUUUCCCAAAAAAAUCUCAAAUGAUACUGGAUUGAACCCUUGCAAAGCUGAUUUGUUUCUCGAUGACAUAGCCAUCACCUUUGAAUUAUCGAGACAGAGGAAUAGUCCAGUGGAUGAUGAAGAAAAGCAUAAACUUCUUUCGGACCGCGCCAAGAAAAUUUUGGAGAAGAAGAAAAUCUGGAAAACCGACACCGUAUCCAGGUCUCAUAGAAUCCCGAAACGGGCAGUAGCCACUACGAUGAAAGGAAGACUAUGGGAUAAUGGGAUAAUACCAUAUGAAAUUGAUGAGGGAUGGAGCGCAUAUCGAAAAGCCUUGGCCAGGCAGGCCAUGAGGCAUUGGGAGAACCAUACUUGCUUGAAGUUCAUUGAAAGGAACAAAACUGAAAAUGUGGACUUUAUUUUCUUCACCGAGAAACCUUGCGGAUGUUGUUCGUUCGUGGGCAAAAGAGGAAUCGGCGCUCAAGCAUUAAGCAUAAGCGAAAAUUGCGCAAAGUUUGGUAUUGUUGUUCAUGAAAUAGGUCACGCAAUCGGGUACUACCACGAGCACACCCGACCCGAUAGAGAUAACUACGUCCAAGUGUUCACGCAGAAUAUAAUGAAAGGUCAGCAGGCCAACUUCCACAAACUGCCCACUGGCCGAGUAAUUUCGCUGGGCCAGAAAUAUGAUUACAAUUCCAUCAUGCACUAUGCUAGGAACACUUAUUCGAUCAACGGCUUUUUGAAUACCAUCCAGCCAAUCCCGCUGGGCAUAAAACCUCCGGGAAUCGGUCAGAGGGUGGGCCUCAGCGCUGGGGAUAUCGAGCAAACCUUAAUUCUGUACAACUGCCCAAAAUGCGGCAGCACUUUCCAGACAAUAUCCGGUUCGUUUUUUCCCCCCAAAAUGAACGUCAACGCCCCACGAAAAUCGCUGGCAUGUGAGUGGAGAAUCACUGCCACUCCUGGGGAGAAAAUUAUCCUCAACAUAACGUCAAUGGAAAUUUUCAAGUCCCCAAAUUGCUCCAGAGAUUUUGUCGAAGUACGCGAUGGCCAUUGGAAAAAAUCAAAGCUUUUAGGAAAAUUUUGUGGGCGGGGCGACAUUUUCAACAUCAGAUCGGACACCAAUCGGAUGCUGAUCGUUUACCAGGCCGCCACUAUCAAUACACACACUGGAUUUUUGGGCAACUUCAAAGUUUUUUGUGGAGGAACGUUGCAUGUCACCUCCAUCGGAUAUCUAGCUUCUCCAAAUUACCCCGACGACUAUCGCCCUAACAAAGAAUGCAUCUGGAAGAUUACUGUUCCCGAUCAAUAUCAAGUGGCGCUAAAGUUCCUCAGCUUCGACUUGGAGCACCAUGCGGAAUGCAGUUACGAUUUCGUCUCAAUCCAUGGCGUAUUGGAUAAGAAUGCUUCUCAUGUGGCCACUCUUUGCGGACAAACUGUUCCCGAAAACAUCGUCUCAUCGUCCAACCAGAUAAUUAUUAAAUUCGUCUCCGACAGGUCAAAGGAAAGAGGAGGAUUCUCCGCGAAAAUUUUCGCUGAAUACAACGAGUGCGAUCGGAAGGACCAUGGAUGCGAGCAAACAUGCAUCAACACCUUGGGAAGCUACAUGUGUGCGUGCAGACAAGGCCUGGAGCUACAGUCAGAUAAAAGGAGCUGUGCUGAUGCAUGUGGCGGCACCUUCAAGGCGCCAAUCGGAAUAGUCACCUCUCCAGCAUUCCCCGAACUGUAUCCUGGAAGCAAACAAUGCACUUGGAUCAUAGAAGCGCCUUUACAGCAUAUUGUUGUCUUCAACAUCACGUAUUUGGACGUAGAAGGAAACGACUAUGACGAUCAGUUGUGCGAAUACGACCAGGUCAAUGUCUCCAGCCUAUUCAGCAAUGGGAAAUACAAGCAGCAUGGCUCGUUUUGUGGUACCAAAAGACCCAGCAUUAUUUUUUCCGAGAGUAAUGUCCUGGAGAUUAGCUUCGGAUCGGAUGACAGUGUCCAACAUACUGGAUUUGCUGCGAUUUAUUAUAUUGAUCCAAACGAAUGUUCUAUAAGAAACGGUGGAUGUGAACACGACUGCGUUAAUACACUAGGAAGCUUCCAAUGCAUAUGUCGCACUGGUUUCACGCUACACGAAAACAAGAAAGACUGCAUUCAAGGUGAUUGUGUCCAUGAUAUCUUCACUGUAUCCGUACCGCCUAUGUAUGGGAUAAUCAACAGUCCCAACUAUCCAAAGUAUUAUCCCGCAUCCAAAGAUUGCGCCUGGCAUAUCAGAACUUUGCCAGGGCACAGAAUUCGGCUGAUUUUCAUGAACUUCAACUUGGAAUCUCAUCCUGAGUGCUACUUCGACAACCUACAGAUAUUUGAUGGCGACUCAUCAAAGUCCCACCAGAAAGGCAGAUAUUGCGGACGUCGAGUGCCUCUGUCCAUUGACUCGACGGAAAACCAGCUCUACAUGACUUUCAAGUCCGACAAUAACGUCCAGAAAAAAGGAUUCUCCGUCACUUACUAUACGCUUUGCGGAGGAGCUCUACGGGCUUCGAAAGGGAAGCGCCAAAUCUACUCCCAUCCUCUCUACGGAAAUGCCUCAUAUUCAAGCAUGAAGUCUUGCGACUGGUUUGUGAUAGGAAAUGACGGUUUCAACAUUAAAUUGUUCUUCAAAGAAUUCGACGUGGAGCUAGCAGAUGACUGCAGUUUCGACUACUUGGAAGUGUUUGAUGGACUGGACAGUCACGACAGCAGAAGCUUGGGGAGGUUCUGUGGCAAUCAGACAUCCACUGAACUAACGACCACUGAAAAAGGUGUAAUUUUAAGAUUCCGAACUGAUGUUCGAAUAGUUGGACGAGGCUUCAUUCUAGAAUACGAGCUAGUUGAAAGCAUUGCUAGCUGAGAAGAGGACGAUACUCCGCUGGAAUCGAGCUGAAUGCUGGAACUAUGUAGCGAUUUGUGAUAUUUUUAUGACGCUACUUUAAUUCUGACUACAAGAACAGUACUACUGAUUUUCAAGCCACUAAUCUGGUUAAAAAGAACAUGUUUUGAGAGUGGAACAAGUACAAACUCGUUUGUCGAAGAA